AUGCCUAAGACUAAAGAUCUUGGGUUUAAGUCCCAUGGUGUUUAUGCAGUUACUCAACAGUUACUCCAUGGGGCCAGAUUAUGCAGCACCGCCCCCUCCGUCUCGCACUUAUUCUUCGCCGAUGACUCUAUCAUUUUUGGAAGAGCACAUUUUCAAGAAGUUGAUCUGAUAAAACACAUUCUUACCAUCUAUGAGGCUGCAUCAGGUCAAAAAGUUAACCUCGAGAAAUCAAGCAUCACCUUCAGCAAGAAAAUACCUAGGGAGGUCACUCUUGAGCUCUCGGCGAGGCUUGGGGUGCGACAUGCUGAUUCCCAUGGAACCUACCUGGGCAUCCCGAGUACUAUUGGAAGAUCGAAGAGGGAGAUUUUCCAAAUGUUGGAAGAUAGAGUUAGAAAAAAAUCAAAAGACUGGAAACGCAGAUUCCUUUCGGCUGCCGGAAAAAGCAUUCUCAUUAAAACAAUAUUGCAAGCAAUCCCGGUGUACCUAAUGAGCUGUUUUCUAAUCCCGGAGCAUGUUUGUAAACGCCUCAACUCACUUAGUGCUCAAUUUUUCUGGGGGCAAAGGCACGAAGAACGACGUAUUCACUGGCGAAAUUGGAAAUCUCUUUGUCGUGCUAAGUGGGAUGGAGGCUUGGGUUUCAGGGACAUUUCGUGCUUCAACCGUGCUCUUCUUGCCAAACAGGCAUGGCGAUUAAUCAGCAAGCCGGACUCCCCCCUUGCACAAUCUUUGAAAGCACGGUACUAUCCACGUAUGGAUAUUACCCAAGUCACUAAAGCCUAUAAUCCGUCAUACACAUGGAGAAGCUUGGUGACUGGUCUUGAUAUCCUUCGUGAUGAGCUGGCCUGGAGAGUGGGUAACGGGCUGUCUAUUCGGGUGGGUCUGGACAGAUGGAUUCCAAGUUCAGGGGGUUUCAAACCUGGACGUGCUCUUGAUGAUGAUACGGCCAACACAAAAGCUGCAGAUUUUAUUCUUUUUGAUAGAGGAACUUGGGACAUGGACAAACUUGGGCAAGUUUUUUCAAACUUUGAAGUUGAGAAGAUUGCUUCUAUCCCAAUUCGCCUAUCACCAACUCCAGAUUCAAGAUUUUGGCCCCACACCAAAUCCGGUACUUACACAGUCAAAUCGGGAUAUGCAACUGCCCUGUCAAAGGCUCGCGAAGAGGCCACUUCCUCGGGUCCUCUUCACCCUAUUUGGAAAUGGCUCUGGAAGCUUAAUAUUACCCCAAAAGUUAGACUCUUUAUGUGGAAAUGUUUGGAGGAUGCUCUUCCUUUGAGAUGUGCGCUGCGUCGCCGAGGAUUGGAUUUGGAUCCCACUUGUGCUAGGUGCGGGGAAAGCGACGAGACUAUUGAACAUGUUUUUCGGGACUGUGCUUGGACGACUUUCUUCUGGAGAUCUUCUUCUCUUCGACUUUCCAUCGAGCAAGCUGACCGUGAACUCUGCUUCCUAGCUUGGAUUUCCCAGAUUCAACUCGUGGACAAUGCCGACUUCCACCGCAUCUUUUGCACAUUCCUUUGGGUUAUCUGGUAUGCUCGCAAUUUGCUCAUCUUCCAACAUAAGGAACUCUCACAUUUGGAUUGCUUUAACCUGGGUAUGAAACACCUCCCUUUGAGCUUGCCGCAUCGGAGUCUGCCUAAGAUGCAAGACCAAUCUUUGGAUGUGGUACCGGGCUUUUGGAGAGUUUGGUGCGAUGCGGCCUUCAAGCCAGACAUUGGAGUUGGGCUCGGAGUGUUUAUCACAGACGACAAUGGAAUCCUCAUGGGGUGUUGCUACAAAUUCCUCCACUCUUCCGUCGAUGCUGAAAUUGGGGAAUGUCUCGCUAUUAGGGAAGGUGUCCUGUUGGCAAAGCGACUUCGAGGAAGAGCCAUUAUCAUCAAGACCGAUUGCCAAUCUGCCUUCUGUCGGCUUUCUUGCAGCGAGAGCGACCUUUCGAUUACGGGUGGAGUUAUCCAUGAUAUUAAGGCCCUCACUAAAGAGUUUGAUAAGGUGAAAUUCAGUUGGACUAGAAGAUGUGAAAACUCUGUAGCUGACCAACUCGCAAAAUUUGCUUUACACCACUGUUCUUCUUGUGAUUUGGUCUCUACUCUCCCUUCCUUUGUACGCUCUUCUCCUUCGGGAGCUGUUUCUAUCUAA